AUGGCCACAGAAGUACUCCAGAUAUCCCUGCCUGCAGCGACAGAAACUCCCAGUCACAAAGACGAUGUCUCGCCCUUUUCCCGGCCCGGACGGCCCAUUGAGGCCCUGCGGAUCGAAGACAACCCACCCGACGGGCCCUCGUCCAGCACCGUCGCCGCCGAAGACGAAACGACCUACCCGACCGGCAUCCGCUUCUGGCUGAUCAUGCUCUGCAAUGCGAUGGUCCUGGCCUUCAUCGGCCUCGACAUGUCCAUCGUCGCCACAGCCGUGCCCUCCAUCACGGACGAGUUCCACACCGUCGCCGACGUCGGCUGGUACUCGAGCGCGUUCCGCCUCUGCGCGUGCAGCUUCGCCUUCAUGUUCGGGCGAAUCUACACCCUGUUCCCGCUGCGGCCGGCCUUCAUGGGCAGCAUCGCCGUCUUCAUGCUCGGCUCCCUGAUGGGCGCCACCGCGCCGUCGUCCGCGGUGUUUGUCGUCAGCCGCGCGGUCUGCGGGCUGGGCACCGCUGGUGCCACCCAGGGGUGCUUCUACAUGCUUGUGCAUGUUGUGCCGCUGCGCAGGAGGCCGCUUGUCGUGAGCCUGUUGGCUGGAAUCGAGUCUUUGGCAAAUAUUUCUUCGCCGUCGGUUGGAGGGCUCAUCGUCGGCAGCGUGUCGUGGCGGUGGUGUUUCUGGAUCAACCUUCCGAUUGGUGCAUUGAGCUUGCCCAUCAUCUUCUUUGCCCUCAGGAUAGACGUGAAGGAUCGCUCGCCUCUUACCCUGAAGCAGAAGAUCAUCGAGCUUGACCUCGUCGGCAACGUGCUUUUCAUUCCGUCCCUGACCUCGCUCUUCCUCGCGCUGUCGUGGGCCGGCACCAAGUACCCUUGGAAUAGUGGAACAGUCAUUGGCUUGUUCAUCACUGCCGCAGUGCUGUUUGCCCUCUUUGCUUAUGACCAGAAGCGCCGGGGAGAGAAGGCCACCCUCCCUCCCCGCAUACUGCGCAACCGGUCCGUCCUCGCUGGCUUCGUCUUCGCGUCAUGCACCAAUGCGGCCAUGAACGUGUUUGAAUACUACCUUCCGACCUACUUCCAGUCUGUCCGCGCAUAUAGCGCCACCAAGUCCGGCUACCUGAUGCUUCCUCUGAUGGCCGGCUUCCUCAUCGCGAUGUUGAUGCACGGUGCAGGCGUCAGUGCACUGGGCUACUACGUGCCCUUCAUGCUAUUUGCCAGUGUCUUGAUGCCCAUAUUUGCGGGCUUGAUGACGACGUUUACGACAAGUACGGCCCUGGAAAAGAUUGCCGGCUAUUGUCUGGCGAUGGGUUUCGCCGGGGGUAUCGGAUUCAACGCCCCGCAGAGCGCCGUGCAGACAAUGCUCCCCGUGAAAGACACAUCUACAGGCAUCGCGAUCAUCUACUUUGCCCAGAACUUCGGGCCUGCUGUGUUUCUCGCAAUCGCACAGACCAUCUUUCUGAACCGGCUUAGUGAGGACCUGGCGGUUUUGGUGCCCGGACUGAGUCCCAAUGUCGUGAACAACAUGGGUUUGACGGAAUUGAGAUCGCUUGUGGGUCAGGAUGAACUGGGGAAAGCUUUGGGAAUCCUCGAUAAGAGCUUAAUGCAGACGUGGUACCUGGCCGUGGGCUUGACUUGCAUGACGAUGGUUGGAAGCAUUGCGAUGGAGUGGGGUUCUGUUAAGGACAAGAAGCAAGACUAA